AUGGAGACACCACAUACCAAAUCUCCAAAUAAGACAAGAAACGAAGCCAGAGAUCGACUUGACAAAUCUAAGGGUAGACCAACCCCAACAACAACAAAGGCUGCUGCAAAAGAGAAUACAAAGCCACAAGAAUUCAGACUCCAUACUGGACAGAGAGCUCUCAGACGAGCAAUGUUCAAUUAUUCGGUUGCGACUAAGAUAUAUAUGACACAGCUACAAAAGAAACAAGUUGAGAAGUUGCACAAGAUAAUUGAAGAGGAAGAGGUUCGGAUGAUGAGAAAGGAGAUGGUUCCAAGAGCCCAAUUGAUGCCUCUAUUUGAUAGGCCCUUCUUUCCACAAAGAUCAAAUAGGCCAUUGACAGUUCCAAAGGAGCCAAGUUUCAAAAUGUUGAACAGCAAGUGUUGGAGCUGCAUUUCUGACGACGAACUCCACCAUUUUCAACAUGCUUUAGGUUUUCAAGCCCAUUAAGUGAAACCAC